AUGUUGUCAACUACGUCAAGAGUUGUCUUCUGCGAUAUGCAUUUAGUGACUUCCCAAAUCUAUUCUACCCUAAAUAAGUAUAUUAACGGCAUUACUGGGAACAAGAAGCCAUUGUAUGCUCCUUAUCCUCAUUGGUUUGGUCUGAUCUUGUCUCGAGAUGAAAGGUAUGAUGCAAGUCAUGGGAUUAUAAUUCCAAUUGGUGACCUUUCCUCAAUGAUUAUUAAUGCCACUCCAUCUCAGGGUGACUUGCCUAUUGGUAUGAGGAUGCAAAAAUGGAGUGAAAAACCCUAUGUGGUUGAAUUCUCAGACUUUGAAGAUGAUGAUGAGAAUGAUAAUGAGGAUGGAUAUAAAGAAGCUGGUAACAAAGAAGGGGCUAAUAAGGAAGAAGAUAUUGAGAAAGAUGAAGAAUAA